AUGGGGGGAAAGCAUCAACCUGUCCCCUUUGCCCCGUCUGUGUGGAUGACUAAGCCGCGGCCACUUUCUCCCGCAAUUCAGUCCGCUGCGAUUCGACCGCACCACUUCCCCAAGUCGACGGUAGUGCUCAACACAAUGUCGACUAACGAGAAUUUUUACCUGCGUUACUACUCAGGUCACUCUGGGCGGUUCGGGCAUGAGUUUCUAGAAUUUGAUUUCCGUAACCUCGCCGACGGUAGCAGUGCCGCAGUCCGAUAUGCGAACAACUCCAACUACCGCAAUGACUCCCUUAUCCGCAAAGAGAUGUGUGUGAGCUCCGCGAUGAUCCAGGAAAUCAAGCGCAUUAUCAAGGAUAGCGAAAUCAUGAAGGAGGAUGACUCCAAAUGGCCUCAGAAGAACAAGGAUGGACGCCAAGAACUGGAGAUUCGAUUGGGUAGCGAGCACAUCUCGUUUGAGACCGCGAAAAUCGGCUCAUUGGUGGAUGUGACUGAGUCGGCUGACCCUGAGGGCCUGCGCGUUUUCUACUACCUUGUCCAGGAUUUGAAGGCGCUCAUCUUUUCGCUCAUCUCGCUCCACUUCAAGAUCAAGCCUAUCUAA